AUGUCGCGACCUCUUCCUGCGGUGUUCCGCCCCAUCCUGGGGCGGCGGAAUUUCUCUGUCUCCGCCAACAAGAGAGCCAUCGAUAAAGUAUGCGCGUCGGCUCAGGAAGCCAUCAAGGACAUGAAGGGUGCUUCUACUGUGCUGUGUGGUGGUUUUGGUUUCUCCGGUGUCGCCAAUACCCUGAUCAAUGCUGUGCGUGAUCGCCCCGAUAUCAAGGAUUUGACUGUGGUCUCCAACAAUGCUGGAAUGCCUGGUGCUGGUUUGGGCCAACUCCUCGAGUCCGGCCAGAUUACCAAAAUGAUUGCUUCGUUCAUCGGUGAAAACAAGGUCUUCGAAAAGAUGUACCUGAACGGCGACCUCGCUCUGGAACUCACCCCUCAAGGCACUAUUGCUGAAAAGUGUGCAGCUGGUGCAGCUGGUGUCCCUGCUUUCUACACUCCUGCGGCUUAUGGAACAAUCGUCCAAACUGGUGAACUCCCCGUACGUUACAACAAAGAUGGUACUGUCAAGGAAUACUCGAAACCCAAGGAAGUCCGGCAAUUCAACGGCAAGAACUACCUCCUGGAAGAAUCGAUUUUCGGCGACUACGCUUUGAUCCGUGUCCACAAGGCCGACAAGCUCGGUAACUGCCAGUUCCGCAAGGCCAUGAACAACUUCAACGAGGCCAUGGCUAAGAACGCCAAGUACACUAUCGUCGAGGCUGACCACAUUGUCGAGGUUGGCGAGCUGUCUCCCGAGGAAAUCCACCUGCAAGGCAUCUAUGUCAACAAGGUUAUCCAGAGCACGGAAAAGACCAUGAUCGAGAAGCUCACCUUCGCCAAGGAUCCUAGCGAGAUGCUCCAGGCUGGAUCCGGCGAGGCCACCGCUCGUCGCGAACGUAUCGUCAAGCGUGCCGCCAAGGAAUUGAAGGACGGCAUGUACGUCAACCUCGGUAUCGGUAUCCCCCUGAUCGCCCCCGCCUACCUCCCCGAGGGCGUCGAAGUCGUCCUCCAGGCCGAAAACGGUAUCCUGGGCCUGGGCCCCUACCCCAAGCCCGGCGAGGAGGAUCCCGAUCUGAUCAACCCGGGCAAGGAAACCGUCACCCUGAGCUCCGGCGCCUCCGUCUUCGGCUCCCACGAGAGUUUCGGUAUGAUCCGCGCUGGCCGCAUCGAUCUCACCAUGCUCGGCGCCCUGCAGGUCAGCCAGUACGGUGACCUGGCCAACUUCAUGCUCCCCGGUAAGGUCAAGGGUGUCGGUGGCGCCAUGGACCUCGUCGCCAACCCCGAGAAGACCAAGGUGGUUGUCACCAUGGAACACACCGAUAAGAAGGGCAACCCCAAGAUCCUGCCCGAGUGCACCUUCCCUCUCACCGGUCCCCGCUGUGUCUGGAAGAUCAUCACCGAUCUCGCCGUCUUCGAUGUCAGCCCCACCGAAGGUCUGACCCUGGCCGAGACCGCUGAGGGCGUGACCGUCGAGGAGAUCCGCAGCAAGACUGCCGCUCCUUUCAAGGUCGCUGAGAACCUGGGAACUUUUUAA